AUGAUAACUUGGCAUCCAAAUAUUAGACCUUGCGAAUACACGCUCAAGUGCAACUCACUUGAAUGUGACCAGAAUGACAGGUCGAUUGACGUCUUCUCAAAUCAUGUCACAAUUGACGAAGUAAGAGAUGUCAGUAUUGAAACCACUGCUCCCUAUGCCAUUCACGCUGGUAGCUUUGAUGAAGUUACUUUGAUCGUUUUUUAUUGGGACGGAUCACGGUGUUGCGAUGAUUUUGGAUCACUCUGUACAGGAUACAAUGGAGGUGAAAGCGCUCAACUUCCCAAUGUUCCGGAAGCCAACUUUUGGAACGGAGGUGCAAAUCCAGGUGCUGGAAACACUGAAACACUGAUUAGGGAAGCUGCAGGGAAUGCUCUGAUUCUUGUCAUGUGA